AUGGCGGAGGGCGAGGAGGACGCGCGCCGCCGCACCGCAGUCACCGACUACCACCGCAAGAAGCUCCUCACCUGCCGGGAGCUCGAGGCGCGGGUCAAAACAGGGAGGGAGAACCUAAAAAAUGCAAAGAAGAACUUGGAAAAAACUGAAGAGGAUCUAAAAUCAUUGCAAAGUGUUGGCCAAAUUAUCGGUGAGGUGCUUCGACCUUUGGACAAGGAACGAUUUAUUGUCAAGGCUAGCAGUGGACCACGCUAUGUUGUUGCCUGCCGAAGUAAAGUUGACAAAGAAAAGUUGAUUGCUGGUACACGAGUUGUUCUUGACAUGACAACACUUACCAUCAUGUGCACUCUACCUCGUGAGGUUGACCCUGUGGUUUACAACAUGCUACAUGAAGAUCCUGGCAAUGUUAGUUACUCAGCUGUAGGUGGGUUGUCAGAUCAAAUAAGGGAACUCAGAGAAUCCAUUGAGUUACCACUUAUGAACCCAGAAUUGUUUCUCCGUGUCGGAAUUAAGCCGCCAAAGGGUGUGCUGCUCUACGGUCCACCUGGAACUGGGAAGACACUCCUAGCUAGAGCCAUUGCUAGCAACAUUGAUGCUAAUUUCUUGAAGGUUGUGUCAAGUGCUAUCAUUGAUAAAUAUAUUGGUGAAAGUGCACGCUUAAUUCGUGAAAUGUUUAACUAUGCACGUGAGCAUCAGCCAUGCAUCAUUUUCAUGGAUGAAAUUGAUGCCAUCGGUGGCCGAAGAUUUAGUGAGGGCACAAGUGCAGAUCGUGAGAUUCAGAGGACAUUGAUGGAGCUUCUAAAUCAGCUAGAUGGAUUCGACGAACUUGGGAAGGUGAAAAUGAUCAUGGCAACCAACCGGCCUGAUGUUUUGGAUCCCGCACUCCUUCGUCCUGGGCGGUUGGACAGGAAGAUUGAGAUCCCACUGCCGAAUGAACAGGGGAGGAUGGAGGUCCUCAAGAUCCAUGCAGCUGGCAUCGCGAAGCAUGGCGAGAUUGACUAUGAAGCUGUAGUCAAACUAGCUGAAGGCUUCAACGGAGCCGAUCUGCGCAACGUCUGCACUGAAGCCGGCAUGGCUGCUAUCCGAGCGGAGCGUGACUAUGUAAUUCACGAGGACUUCAUGAAGGCCGUGCGCAAGCUGAACGACGCUAAGAAGCUCGAGUCCAGUGCGCACUACAGCGCUGACUUCGGAAAGGAUUGA